ACUCUCUCAUACCUAACAAUGGGAACCAAAGAUGAAAUCCCUCUUGCAACUUGAUAAUCUCCUUUCUCAAACAGUCUCCUUCCAGUAAAAGAAAAAAAACUUUCCUCUUCUCCACCAUCAACACCACACUCAACAAAAGUAGAGGAUGAAGAUGAUGCCAAUUUUGUUUGUAUGGGCUGUUUUUUUUUUGUAGGUGAGGCAAGGAGAGGGCUACAGCAAGCAGGAGUGCAGAGGCGCAGGAUUGGGGGCGCAGAGUGCAGGAAGCAUAGCAAGGUGCAGCAGGGCGCAGCCCCAGGUGCAGCGAGGCGUAGGCUCGGGUGUAGCAGGGCGCAAGCUCAGGUGCAGCAAGCGAGGGAGCGCAGCAGGGCUUGAUCGCCUUUGAUGGCUGCUGGCUGAAAUGAAGGCUCGAGAGAUGA